AUGACAUUCUCUAAAGAUUCAAUUAAUACUACAUCUGCUGCUGAUUUAGCUGCUUUUAAUGCUUAUCUUGGAGAUUUUCCAUAUGCCGGAGGAUAUACAAUUUCAUCCAAAGAUUUUACUUUAUUUAAUCUUUUUAAAAGUACACCAUGUUCUAAAGCUUAUGAACAUCUUUCUCGUUGGUACAAAAAUGUAGCAUCAUUCUCUGAUUCAGAAAAAAAAGCUUUCGGUGAACCUUCAACAACUGCCGGUGCUAGUAAAGGAGAUGACGAUGAUUUCGAUCUUUUUGACUCAGAAGAAGAAGAUGAAGAACAAGCUAAAGUUGUUCAAGAACGCUUAAAGGCUUACCAUGAUAAAAAAUCUAAGAAACCAGGUCCAAUUGCUAAAUCAAAUAUUAUUUAUGAUGUCAAACCAUGGGAUGAUACAAUAAAAAUUUCUGAUAUCGAAGAAGGAAUACGUAAAAUCGAAAAAGAUGGACUUGUAUGGGGUGCUGCUAAAGUAUUACCAGUUGCUUUCGGUAUCAACAAACUUCAAAUCUGUUGUGUUGUUGAGGAUGACAAAGUUUCAUCUGAUUGGUUGGAAGAACAAAUCACCGAUAUGGAAGAUCUUGUUCAAUCUGUUGAUGUUGUUGCCUUUAACAAAGUAUAA